ACAUUGCAAGACUUCUGAAAAAAACAUUAAUUCCAAAAUAAAAAUUAGAUUGUUGCACGACUUGGUUGCGUCCACGUAAGAUGGACAAUUUUGUAAAGACCCUCAUAGAGGAGGUGAAAUCACAGGGCGUCUUCGACGAGUUUCGAUUCAAUUGCUGUCUAGCGGAUGUGGACACAAAGCCAGCAUACCAGAACGUACGCAACCGCGUCGAGACUGCUGUAAACGAUUUUCUGGCCAAGCAACAUUGGACACCUGAUACGAACAAAGUGCAGCUGCGGGAACGACUGCGCAAACAUUUGCUUGACUCCGAUGUGCUGGAUAAGGGCGUUGAUCAUAUAGUGGAUCAAGUAGUCAACCCGAAGGUAGCCACAAUAUUUGAGCCAAAAAUUGAAAGCAUUGCCUACAAAUAUCUGGGCAUAACGCCACCCCCGCCGCCAGCAAACCCGCCUCCACGUCCACCCCUGCUACCAGCUCCACCCUUGCCCCCCUACACUGGACAUGGCCUGAGGCAUCUGAAUGGCGGUAAUUUGCUUAAGGUGGAAACAACGGCCAGCCUGUUGCCAACAGACCUAGAGCAAAUCAGUCCUGAUUCCGAUCGUGCGACUGUCAAGUCGGAUACUAAGGAUGACAGCAAGGACGAUGAGCUGCCACCUGGUGUGGAUGGUGAAGAUAUUCUCGAUGAUGAUGAUACCACAUCCCCCGCAUUCGAACCGGCCAGCAGCAUUAAGGAAGACACAAACAAUGCCUCGCUAAACACAUCUGAUUCAAUAAAGGAUGUCAAGGAACUUGCCAAUGACUCGCGAGACGCUGGCGCCUCGCAAGCCUCACAGCUAUCACAGGUAUCUAGCGAUAGUCGCCUAACAAUUGCUUCCACAGAUGCACCACAGCCAACGUCGGCCAACAACAGCGUGGAAUUAGCGUCGAACAUAGCUGCCAACAUAUCAGAGGAAGCGCAAAUGCCCAAGUUUAAUGAGAAUUCCAGCGAUGCAAACGAUAACAGCGGUCGCCAGUUGCACUUCGACAUCAAGCAGGAUGCAAUUACAUUCGAAGGCACUGAGCGCAGAAACUCCCUGUCGGACUGUACCAACGGCGCCACGCAUGCGCUUUCCAUUGAGGACGCCAUCAUGUGCGAGGUGAAGGCCAAUAUAAGUGAUGUCAGCGAUGUUGCCAUGGAGCCAGUACCAAAACCGCUACCUGAUCCGACUGAAUCCGAUCGAUCUAUGGAGAGCAGUCUCUUUGCGGAAUCAACACCAAACUCGCAGCCAGUGAUAGCCAAAGAUAGUACAACGCCCCAGCUACCUCCAUUACCCGAACCACCACAAGUGCUAGAAAGAAAACCAGAGUUACGGCAAACAGUCGAAGCAGGGGUAGAGGACAAGAAGAUAGACGAAACAAAGGCAGUCGACACAAAGAAAGACGAAUCAAAGGCGGACGCAACGGUGAACGACUCAAAGGCAGACAUAUCACAGGCAGACGAAGCUGAGCACACUUCCACAACGCUGCCAAUUUUAAUAGAUGAUAUUAAAAAUGAUAUUAACAGAACAGCCGAAUUUACGGCAUCACCUGCCUCCGCUUCCUCGUCCUCGCAAACGAAGAAACAAUCGCACUCGAGGGACAAGGACCGUCGUCAGCAUUCACACUCACGCUCUGACAACAGGCCGCGACGAAAGUCGCGAGAAAGUGACAAAUCGCGGACUAAAACUUCCUCCAGCUCGAAGCACUCCUCUCAUACAUCACAUUCAUCCAGUUCUAAGCACCGGAGCAGCAGUUCUAAAUAUGACAAGAGCUCCGCUACAACCUCAUCCAGUCGAAGCAAUCAUGAAUCAUCCUCUAAACGUUCGUCAACUCGUCACGAAUCCUCAUCAACGCACAAGAAACACAAGUCCAGCUCGUCGACGUCACGGUCCGAUCGCGACAGGCCGAGAAGUCGCGAGAGCAGAGAAAGCCAUAGUCAUAGUCAUCAAAGUCGCAGCCACAAUGGCAGCGGCAGCUCGUCUUCAAACUCAAAGCGCAGCGAUCGGGAUCGCGAACGUGAUCGGGAACGUGAUCGUGAUCGGAACAAGUCCAGUUCAAAUUCAACUUCCAAUUCCACCUCCAAUUCUAUAGCACCAGUGGUUCAAGAUGAUCAUAACGAGGUCAAAGCGAAGCUACAAAAACGCAACAGCACGGACUCGAAUGAUGAGGGUAAACCACCAGGCUGGACAAGCAAAUCCCAUGCAGAACCUGCCGACUCGCAAAACAAAGAGAAACCCACAGAAACAGCUGCUCAGAAUGGAAAUAAGGACUCGGAAACGAAUGGCACCAAUGGCACUAAUAACAAUGAGUCGGCAGCUGAGCUUGUUCAUGCCAGCAAUGUGGUCGUUAUCAGCGACAUAUUACAGCAAUCCACGGCCAGCUUUAUCGAGCUGAGCAGUGCAGGUGCCUUACAGAUGCCAGCGGAGAACAGCACCAAUAUCGAAUCUAGCGAAAGCGAUGCAAAACCACUGGAGCAAUCCGUGGAGCCAACAGAUACAGGGCCUGAGCGAGUUGUCGAACCAGAGAUUACAAUAGCAACUGAAUAUUCUGACGCUUCGGCUGAGCCUGAAAAGACGCCAAUUGCGGAGCCAGUUGGCAGUGAGCAGGCGACAAUCGAGGACGAAAGCUUAAAGGAUAUGCCUGCUGAGCCAGACAACGCAGAGAUUUGCUCGCAGCCUGUAGACGCAACGGAGGUAGCAACAGCUGCUAUAGCUGACGCGGAGCUUACCGACAAGGAAUCCAUAAGCUUAGAAGAAACAUCCAAAACACAACCCGACAUCGAAGGCACACCUGAGGCCAGCGAAACCAUUACCCACUUCGAGCAGGAUGCUGAGGUGUUUAAAGCGCGCCUGCAGCUGAUUGAGCAACAUAUCAAGGAUCGGCGUCAGCUGCUCAACGUUUUAGGCGAGCUGGGUGAGACAAGCUGCCCGCGGCGCAGUCAAAUCAAACGUCGCCUCAGCAGCGAGGCUGCCUCUUCCAAGCAGCACAGCAGUUCCAGUACCAGCAGCAACAGCAGUUCAGGCAGUCCAAAUGCGAAAGCCAAAAGAACUCGUCGCGAUGAUGCAAAGACGUCGCCCACACCAUCAGAGAUAAGCGUCAAUUCCAAGGAGAACGAAGAGCUGGAAAAGCAUGAAAAAGGCGAUUUGUCCGCUAGAAGGCUCAGCCAGAAGCUGUGCCAGCAGCAACGCUAUACGAACGAUGAUCUCUAUAAGCCCCGUCCACUUUUGUCGCAACGUUCGCGCCGUCGCGGCCUGGAUUCAAUCCUCUAGUUGGUGCUUCACACUUUAACCACAAAUCAAAUCAUAUAUAUAAAUAUAAAAAAAUAUAAAAGGGCAAUUAUU